GAGUGUUAUAGCGUGCUAUAGAAUGUAGAUUACUAUCACUGAACCACAUGGGAAAGAUGAUAGUGGAGGUGAGGUCGGCUAUCUUAGCAUCUCAACGUCAAGAAAGUGGGCAAUAUUGCGCCGCUCGAAGUUUUCCUUUACCCGAGGCAGGAAACAACAGCCGAGAGGGCGAGAGAUUGAGUUUACGUAUGCGGCACGUGCAAUUCAAGGUUGGAUAUGCCUGUCUCCCGGCAAUAGUCCUGACCAAUGGAACAACUAAACCGGAUGACCACUUUGCUCUCGGGGACAAUAAUGAGUUUUUUGAAGCUUCGGUCGAAACCUUUAUUCGAUGCUGGAGCUUCCCUUCGUAUAAACCCCUCUCGAGCCCGUUCUAUUCCCGAUGGCUGGAGGGGGUGUCUCGACCAGGGCUGGGUAAGGGCAUCGAGAAGCUGUUGAAUAUGCUGAGUCGGUUGACUUUACCAGACUCGCCCCAUAAGAAAACGAUUUGUUUCCCCUUAGCCCGUCGCUAAUGGAUUGCAAUGUUUCCGUACCUCGCCUCGCAGGGAUAUGCGUAGGUUUAAUAUGUAACUUGCCGUGCCACUUUCUUCGGCGAGAUCGAGAUUGAAACUCUUUGCACCAGGUUUAGGCCCGGUGCCAGUACAGUUCGCGAAGGGUCACGGGAAGCCAGGUUGGUAUUUGUCGUAGUGUGACCCAAGGGCUUGAUCUAGGUUAGACGAUAAGCCAAAAUUUCAAUUCUUGGGCA